CAACUACCGACUUGAUAAAUAAAUUCCAUACACAGGACAAUUCCAUCAUGAAUUCCCGCCAUAGUCAGCCAUUUCAGUUCAAACUUGCGCUGGUCGGAGACGCAGGCGUAGGAAAGACUGCAUUCGUGAAGCGGAACUGCACUGGAGAAUUCCAGGAUGAGUAUAUACCAACAGAUGAACAUGAUGUGACUUGGAAGCUGUCGUUUGGAACGAAUCGUGGUGUUAUUGAUUUCGAGAUAUGGGAUAUUGCUGGCUCCCAGGGCUCUACACAGAGCUUAGAAGAGUAUCUAACGAACAUUGAUGCUGCUAUCAUCAUGGUUGAUGCUUCUGAUGAACGGACCUAUGGGAAUAUCGAAUACUGGCACAGCCAAAUUGUAUCUCUCAACGGUGAUAUACCAAUUGUCAUAUGUGGCAAUAAGGCAGACAUCGAGAUAGAAAUCAAGAUAAAUAUGCAUGUCAUCUCCAGGAUGGACAGGCUUGAAUACUGUGAAAUAUCUACCAAGACGCCUAGUGCCGACUUUGACGAGCCAUUUUUAUGGCUUUGCCGGGGACUUUUGAAUGAUCCAUCAUUGUGCUGGCACACCAACUGUUGUACAGGUUAUUCCGAUCUCAACAUUGACCCUGAAACACUGGCAGAGUAUAGCAGAAAAAUGGAACAGGCGGCGAGAGAACCGAUUCCGGAUGAGACAGAUAGUGAUUUGUGAUGAUAAUUCGAUAAUGGAGAAGAUUACUGUCGUAAGGAAUAAAUAGAAUGGACUAUGGUGAAGACUUCGCC